GGCGCUCAGGAGGAGUUCCCGAAAUACAGCAACCUUAUUGGCCCACAGCCUCCACAGACAGACUUCCGGGUAGCAACCAGCACCGAGACCUAGCUGACACCCCGACGACACGAAAAUGACAACGUGUGAGGAUCCCUCUGGCUACAGGCCGGAGGAUGAGGAUGAGUUUAUGGACAUCCUGGAAGAGAGGAGGCGGAGCAGUGACCUAGGCCAUGCCCUCCGAACCUUUACCCCCUCCCCCUACAAGGGAGCCCCUCCUCUCUCCGCUGGCGCCCUCAACAGGACGGUUCUGGAAUCACAGUACCUACGAUACGUCACCAAGGAGGUGGCCAUGGAGACUGGUGAGAGUGUGGAUCUGGUGAGAGAGGAGGCGUCUGGGAUACUGGAGGAAAUGUCUCAGAACCUCCAGCUGGGAUUCAUCAGACUGCUGGGGUUUACCUUGAGUAAAGUAUUCAAGAGGCUCUUCAGCCACAUCAACAUCAACCAGGAAGGACUCAAUAGGCUCCAACAGGCCAUUCAGGAGUCUCCAGUGAUCCUGAUGCCCAAUCACAGGAGUUAUGUGGACUUCCUGGUUCUGUCCUACAUCCUGUUCACCUAUGACCUGCCCAUCCCUGUUAUAGCCGCUGGAAUCCCUCUGAUGGACAUGAAGAUGGUGGGAGAGAUCCUGCGUCGUUCCGGAGCGUUCUUCAUCAGGAGGACGAUCGGGUCUGACAAGUUGUACUGGGCUGUCCUAUCUGAGUAUGUCAAAACUAUCGUCAGGACAGGGUAUGCUCCUGUAGAGUUCUAUGUGGAGGGUCUGAGGAGCAGGACUCUGAAGUCCCUCACACCCAAAUUAGGUAUGAUGCACAUGGUCCUGGAGCCGUUCUUUAAAGGCGAGGUGUACGACAUCAGGCUGGUUCCCAUCAGCAUCAGCUAUGACAGGGUCCUGGAGGAAUCUCUAUUGGCACAUGAACUGCUGGGGGUCCCCAAGCCCAGAGAGACCACCAUGGGCCUACUGAAGGCUAGGAGGGUACUGGAGGAAGACUAUGGCAGUAUGCAUGUGUACUUCGGCAUGCCUCUGUCAGUCAGACAGCUGACUAAAGGGAGGGUGGACCGCUGUGAAUACAACCUCCUACCCAGAGACCUUCCCCAUAGGCCCAGCGUAGAGACCCAGGAGUGUGUGAGCUGGCUAGCCCAGCAAGUGAUUCGUGUCCAGGAACAGAACUCAAUCCUCAGUCCCUGGUCUCUCAUGGCCUGCCUGGUGCUCCAGGGUCAUCAGAACACAGACCCAGCAGGAGAGGAACAAGAGAAAGGUCUCUCCUGGGAGCUGCUUACCCAGAAGACACUGUGGCUCAAGGGGCUGGCGAUCAGCUUCGGGGCCCGCCUUGACUGGCCUGACCAACUACCUGAAAUCCAGGUGAUGGCGUCCAGCAUGGCCCUGCACCGCUCUGUGAUUCGCUGUCGCCGGGGCCGUGUCACACUGCUGGAGGAAGAGGAGGGGCCUGUGGGGGCUGGGCCUUUCACAACAGAGGAGGGUGUGGUCAGGCGGGCGCGGGCGGUACUUAUGGUUGCGGCCUAUAGGAACCAGGCGCUGCAUGUUUUCAUCCGUCCAGCCAUGUUGGCUCUGGCCGUACACACAACACAAGGCUCCAGGAGAGAGGACAUCUAUAGCUCCUUCAGGUUCCUCCUGGACCUCUUCUCCAACGACUUCAUCUUCAUCACUGGCAGAUCGUCACAGGACUUUGAGGAGGCAUGUUCGUUACUCAGGAAAUGUGGAGCAGUCCAGACCAGUCAACAGGAAGUGACAUCACCAGAGGAGGGUCAGAGUACUACCUCGUUCCUGCGAGCCCUGCUGCAGCCCUUCAUAGACGCCUACCAGGUGGUGUUCAGUCACCUGUGUGUGGAGGAGGUUGAGGUGUUCACAGAGAGACAGAUGGUUCCUGCCGUCCGCAGCCUGGCCACCAAGCUCCUCUUAUCAGGCGAGCUGAAGUCUUAUGAAGCCCUGUCGUCUUGUUUGUGUGUCUCUAGGCGAGCUGAAGUCUUAUGAAGCCCUGUCGUCUUGUUUGUGUGUGUGUGUCUAGGCAAGCUGAAGUCUUAUGAAGCCCUGUCGUCUUGUUUGUGUGUGUGUGUCUAGGCAAGCUGAAGUCUUAUGAAGCCCUGUCGUCUUGUUUGUGUGUGUGUGUCUAGGCAAGCUGAAGUCUUAUGAAGCCCUGUCGUCUUGUUUGUGUGUGUGUGUCUAGGCAAGCUGAAGUCUUAUGAAGCCCUGUCGUCUUGUUUGUGUGUGUGUGUCUAGGCGAGCUAAAGUCUUAUGAAGCCCUGUCAUCUUGUUUGUGUGUCUCUAGGCGAGCUGAAGUCUUAUGAAGCCCUGUCGUCUUGUUUGUGUGUCUCUAGGCGAGCUGAAGUCUUAUGAAGCCCUGUCGUCUUGUUUGUGUGUGUGUGUCUAGGCAAGCUGAAGUCUUAUGAAGCCCUGUCGUCUUGUUUGUGUGUGUGUGUCUAGGCAAGCUGAAGUCUUAUGAAGCCCUGUCGUCUUGUUUGUGUGUGUGUGUCUAGGCAAGCUGAAGUCUUAUGAAGCCCUGUCGUCUUGUUUGUGUGUGUGUGUCUAGGCAAGCUGAAGUCUUAUGAAGCCCUGUCGUCUUGUUUGUGUGUCUCUAGGCGAGCUGAAGUCUUAUGAAGCCCUGUCGUCUUGUUUGUGUGUCUCUAGGCGAGCUGAAGUCUUAUGAAGCCCUGUCGUCUUGUUUGUGUGUGUGUGUCUAGGCAAGCUGAAGUCUUAUGAAGCCCUGUCGUCUUGUUUGUGUGUGUGUGUCUAGGCAAGCUGAAGUCUUAUGAAGCCCUGUCGUCUUGUUUGUGUGUGUGUGUCUAGGCAAGCUGAAGUCUUAUGAAGCCCUGUCGUCUUGUUUGUGUGUGUGUGUCUAGGCAAGCUGAAGUCUUAUGAAGCCCUGUCGUCUUGUUUGUGUGUGUGUGUCUAGGCAAGCUGAAGUCUUAUGAAGCCCUGUCGUCUUGUUUGUGUGUGUGUGUCUAGGCGAGCUAAAGUCUUAUGAAGCCCUGUCAUCUUGUUUGUGUGUCUCUAGGCGAGCUGAAGUCUUAUGAAGCCCUGUCGUCUUGUUUGUGUGUCUCUAGGCGAGCUGAAGUCUUAUGAAGCCCUGUCGUCUUGUUUGUGUGUGUGUGUCUAGGCAAGCUGAAGUCUUAUGAAGCCCUGUCGUCUUGUUUGUGUGUGUGUGUCUAGGCAAGCUGAAGUCUUAUGAAGCCCUGUCGUCUUGUUUGUGUGUGUGUGUCUAGGCAAGCUGAAGUCUUAUGAAGCCCUGUCGUCUUGUUUGUGUGUGUGUGUCUAGGCAAGCUGAAGUCUUAUGAAGCCCUGUCGUCUUGUUUGUGUGUGUGUGUCUAGGCAAGCUGAAGUCUUAUGAAGCCCUGUCGUCUUGUUUGUGUGUGUGUGUCUAGGCAAGCUGAAGUCUUAUGAAGCCCUGUCGUCUUGUUUGUGUGUGUGUCUAGGCGAGCUGAAGUCUUAUGAAGCCCUGUCGUCUUGUUUGUUUGUGUGUCUCUAGGCGAGCUGAAGUCUUAUCAAGCCCUGUCGUCUUGUUUGUGUGUGUGUGUCUAGGCGAGCUGAAGUCUUAUGAAGCCCUGUCAUCUUGUUUGUGUGUGUGUGUCUAGGCAAGCUGAAGUCUUAUGAAGCCCUGUCGUCUUGUUUGUGUGUGUGUGUCUAGGCAAGCUGAAGUCUUAUGAAGCCCUGUCAUCUUGUUUGUGUGUGUGUGUCUAGGCAAGCUAAAGUCUUAUGAAGCCCUGUCGUCUUGUGUGUGUGUGUCUAGGCAAGCUAAAGUCUUAUGAAGCCCUGUCGUCUUGUUUGUGUGUCUCUAGGCGAGCUGAAGUCUUAUGAAGCCCUGUCAUCUUGUUUGUGUGUCUCUAGGCGAGCUGAAGUCUUAUGAAGCCCUGUCGUCUUGUUUGUGUGUGUGUGUCUAGGCAAGCUGAAGUCUUAUGAAGCCCUGUCGUCUUGUUUGUGUGUGUGUGUCUAGGCAAGCUGAAGUCUUAUGAAGCCCUGUCAUCUUGUUUGUGUGUGUGUGUCUAGGCGAGCUGAAGUCUUAUGAAGCCCUGUCAUCUUGUUUGUGUGUGUGUGUCUAGGCGAGCUGAAGUCUUAUGAAGCCCUGUCAUCUUGUGUGUGUGUGUUUCUAGGCGAGCUGAAGUCUUAUGAAGCCCUGUCAUCUUGUGUGUGUGUGU